UUCCAUUCUCAUACGCCACCCCUCUCUUUUCACUGAUCGCGCAAAGGCUGUUGGGAUUCUGCGGGCUUGUCCUUAGACGCCAUCUUUAAACCCCAGAAGCAGCCGCCGUUGAGCGCUGGGAUCUGUGAGUUAGAUUGGUCGUGGUGAAAAUAUAUCUGCUGGGUUUUUAUUUUAAAUGCAAAUAAUUUGAGACUAAAGUACGGCAGACACAGAUAGAAAAAAAGGAAGGCGAGAAAACGAGUGACAGACGGUGUAUUUACAGUUUUAAGGUUCAGAAAGCAUUGUGAAAAGGCGUAUUUUCUUUCUUUGUUGUUGUCAGCCACUAGCUGAGACUCGCUGCUUGGCCGCCGUCGGUCUCGAGUUCUCCCCCCCGUGGCCCGGCCAGAGAUGAGUGGAAGAUGUCGGUGUCGGGGCUGAAGGCCGAGCUCAAGUUUCUCGAGUCCAUUUUUGACCCAAAUCACGAGCGCUUUCGAAUUAUCGACUGGAAACCAGAUGAGCUGAGUUGCCAGUUCAAUGUGACUGGGGAAAAACUGCUGGUCAUACACUGCAACAUCACGGAAUCAUACCCCUCUACCCCUCCAAUAUGGUUUGUGGACUCCGAUGACCCAAGCUUAGCGGCUGUGCUGGAGCGCCUGGAGGAUGUGAGGAAGGGAACCACUCUGCUCCUGCAACAGCUGAAACGCCUGAUCUGUGACCUGUGCAGGUUAUAUAAUCUUCCCCAACACCCUGAUGUGGAAAUGCUUGAUCAGCCAUUACCAGCUGGACAGAAUGGAACUACAGAAGAAGUUACAUCAGAAGAGGAGGAGGAAGAAGAAAUGGGAGAGGAUAUUGAAGACCUGGACCACUAUGAGAUGAAGGAAGAGGAACCAGUCGAUGGGAAGAAGUCUGAAGAUGAUGGAAUUGAAAAGGAGAAUCUAGCCAUCCUAGAGAAGAUUCGGAAGAGUCAGAGGCAGGACCACUUGAACGUAAGUGCUCAUUCGGGUGCUGUAUCUGGGUCAGUGCAGGCUUCAGACCGCCUCAUGAAAGAACUCCGGGAGAUAUACAGGUCACAAAGUUACAAGACAGGAAUCUAUUCAGUGGAGCUUGUUAAUGACAGCCUUUAUGAAUGGCAUGUCAAACUGCGGACGGUGGAUCCAGAUAGCCCAUUGCAUAGCGACCUGCAGGUUUUAAAGGAAAAAGAAGGGAUGGAUUACAUCCUUCUGAAUUUCUCUUAUAAAGAUAAUUUCCCAUUUGAUCCUCCUUUUGUACGGGUGGUGUCGCCUGUGCUUUCUGGAGGCUAUGUUUUGGGUGGCGGAGCCCUGUGUAUGGAACUCCUUACAAAACAGGGCUGGAGCAGUGCCUAUUCGAUAGAGUCUGUCAUCAUGCAGAUCAACGCUACUUUAGUUAAAGGAAAAGCCAGAGUGCAGUUUGGAGCUAAUAAGAAUCAGUACAAUCUUGCCAGAGCACAACAGUCAUACAAAUCCCUGGUGCAGAUUCAUGAGAAGAAUGGCUGGUAUACUCCCCCAAAAGAGGAUGGGUAAGAGACAGGCUCCUGCAAGUUCCCUGGGACCAGGUGUCUAAGGGUCAACUCUUUUUUUUUUCCACUCCGAAGGUAUCCAAUUGGGAGUGACCCCUCUUGGGUUGACUCUUUCGGUGGCCGUAUAACCAACGGGUAAAUCUCCUCGCUGACCUCUCGACCCUAAACUCGCAAGGCCAGUUCGACCUGAUUGUUUGUCACUUUCUUUCUGUCAUUCAGCAGACAAGUGAACUAAAAGAAGCCACCGCUGAGCCUGCCUGUUCUCCCCUUUUGUGUGGGCUAAGUGUUUGAAUGACUGCAGUUCAUGGGGUUUACUCAUGUUGUGUUUUUUUUUUUUUUUUUUCUUUUUUAAACUUAUUCAUAAAAUACUUGUGUAGUCUUUUGAGUAUAAUGCCUAGGUUAAAUGGUAAGACAAGUUCAAUGGAAGAUGAGGAAGUAAACUUUAACACAAACGGGGAGGCUUUCAUCUUUAAAAGGUCCCCUCCAGGCAGUGGUUACUAUGAACAGUGGGCUUAUCUUUUGAAAUCUUCACUAUAGCUAAAUACCAUCAAGGCAUAAUGUCACUAGACCGUGGCAGUUGACUUUGCUAUUAGGAGUGUGAAGUUCACGAGCCAACCUUAUUUUGAUACAAAUCAGGACUACCAGCAAAUAACUUUUUACAAGCAAAUCCACAACUAUUGUAGUGACUUUUAGGGAGAUUGGAGCUGUUAUGGAUUCCCUUAAUUUGUGUGGGAUGUGCCACUGGGUUAUUCUGUACAAAUAUUUUAUAUGUAAAAUAAAUUAUGCCAAGAUUCUAAACUAAUGACACUCUAUAAAAUUGGUCUCCUACUUCUAUUAUAACCCAGUGUCAUAUUAGCCAAAAUACAACAGGAUUGUCAGACAGACUAUGUGGAGGCAUGGUCUAUCCACCUACUAGCUAUUACUUUUUUUUUUUUUUAAAUAUAGCAGAUCACAAUUUUUAAAGAAAUUUUAAGGUUAUCUCCAAGUGACAAAAAUAAAACCAUGAAACACUUUCUGCACAUCAUAGUUUUCUUGUUUUCACAGGCCUAGUAAAAUUUCUGUCUUUGGUGUUAUACCUAGAUUGCACCAGCAGUCUUCAAUUAAAAUUACUAAAAAAUAACUCUGAAAUACUUCAUAGAUUUUCUGUCUGCGUUAUAUUCGUGUGCUUUUGUAGGCCCUGAAGUUCAGGUAAAUUGCCUACAGUAGCAAUGUAAUGUAGCAAUGUAAAGUUGCUCAUUAAUCAUAAACUAAAUGAAUAGCAUAGCUUGUAACUUUUUAUAUUUUAAGUAGAUUUUUUUAUUUUUAUCCUUAACUUGGUUGUAUUCCUGUUGGAACAUAACUUGCCACUCCACCUAGUCAACCCUCUAAUAUAUUUGUAGCAGCUUUUUUAAGUUCUCUGAAGAAAUACCUCAGUUAGCAAGUAGCAAGAAAGUAUUCCCAUGCAUUUAUUUUUGUCAGUUUUAAUAAGAUAACUUUUUUUUCUACACUCCAUAUAUCUCCCUUGUUUCUCAGUGAUUGGUAUUAUCCCCACUGACAAGCAAUCGGAAGUUGCGCUUGGCAUAUAUACCAGAAUCCAGGGGGUCAGCUAAAAAAUGUAUGCUAUUUAAAUGUUGUCCCUUGUGUGUGAUAGACACCCCACAAUAAAUGGGCCUUUCUAUAGAUUAAUACAAAUGUAUUUUUAAAAGUGAAAAGUAAUCUGUCAAUUUGGUGUCUUUUUAAAAAAAAACCCUACUUCUUAAGGCUGCAUAGGUGCACUGUUUCAUGAUUGCUGUGGCGUAUUGUGAAAAAAAAGUAGUAAUUCUAUUUUUUGCCAAUGCUCCUGUAGAACGGCCCGUAUACUACCCCUUUAAACACUAGCAAACAAAUCUAUUUUUGUGAAGUUCCAAGCAAUGGGUUUAUGUUGUAUUGUUAAUUUCAUCUUCAUUAUAUUCAUACAUAAAAGUUAGUCAACCCCACUUAUAACCUGAUCCACGCACACAAUAUACGUCAAAAUAACUGCGUACUUGGCUGUAAAUCAACUGGGUUUUUUAUGAUGAGGUAAUAUACAGUGGUCUAUAUACAUGGGUAUAUUCAGAAAAACAUCCAGCUGCAGAAGGGGACUUUAUGGAGAAAGCCUCCCGAUUUUGUUUUGUUUUUUUGUACCUUUUUUAGGACAUUUCUUUGUCACAAGUAACUGAAAUGUCUAGUACUUACUGAUCAAAGUGUAAUUAUAAAAAUGCCCUGCCCAUCCCCAGUCUAAUUUCCAGAUUCCCAAUACUGCCUGUAGUUGGAACUAUACAGGAUGCUGAAGCAGAAAUGCAUGUUGGGAGUUGUACAGAAUUAUUGACUGCUUACUAAAACUACAGUUUUAUAUUUGGUUCUGUUCAUAUUUGGAUUCAAAGUCUUUCGGGAGGGUACAUGCAGGGAUGCUUUACAAAAAGGGGGGGGGGGGGGGGAGCUGUAGUAAAAAUAAAAUAAAUGCAGUAAAUUCUACAAGAUAUGAUUCCAAGGCAGGGCUUUGGUGCACCCUGUCUAAAAUUGUUGAAGUUUAUGUUCCGAUUAAUUUCUUGCUUCUUGGUUAUAUAUUUAAUUUAUAUUUAGAAAACUAUAUGGCAGCAGACUUGAAAUACUACUAAAGAACAUAAAACUAACACAUGGGAUCCAUACGUCCUUCGGAUGAGACGUAAAACCAAUGUCCUAUUGUAAGUGGCUCCGCAGCAGCAGUUGAUAGUUAGCCCCCAAGUCUCUGUAAAUAAAUUUGGGUAAAAGCUUCUGCUAAAUGACUAAAUAUGUGUCUGGAUGUUCAAACUUCUCAGACCACCAUUGGCUUCAAUUCAGGGUAUGAAACUUUCCUAUAGAAGACAAGGAAGUAUGAUUUGUCAUUUUUCCCCUUUUUGAAUUCUCAAAACCUUGCACAAGUAAAGGACUAAAAAAAGAUGUUGGGUGUUUUGUGGUUCUGUAGUAAGUAUUUAAAGUCUGUUUGUCUGAUGAGCUAGUAUUAUUCACGGAAUGGAUACCUACAUGGAAGCAUUAUCUAGUGUCAAAGUGCAGUGACCAAGGCCUUGUUGUAUUAACAGGCCAGUUCUCCCAUUUAAAAGGCAGUGUUUGAAAUACUGACUUCUAAUUGUGGAUUUCCUUUGACGCCAUUUUGUGGUGGGCAGGUUAUCAAGUUAUGCACUGUCAGCAUGCUUUGACUUUUUUUUUUUUUUCUCUAUUUUUGUUUUAUUUUUUCAUUGCAAGAGUAAUUUUGACCAUGUACAGUAAUUUCUAAACUUGCAUCAAGUUUAUGAAUAAAGAAUUUUAAGAAAUA